AUGGAAAGGUUUAACAACAGCAAUUUUUCCUACUCCCAGGAAAACCAGACAAACUUCUCGGAGGUGACGCUGACUUAUCAGGUGGUAACUUCAUUCUUCAUUGGGACUAUGAUCCUGUGCUCCAUCAUUGGAAAUACUUGUGUGAUCGCAGCUAUAGCGCUGGAGCGCUCUCUCCAAAAUGUGGCCAACUAUUUGAUAGGCUCACUGGCUGUUACAGACCUGAUGGUCUCGGUGUUAGUGCUGCCCAUGGCCGCUUUGCACCAAGUUCUGAAUAAGUGGACCCUGGGACAGGUAACCUGUGACAUUUUUAUCUCUUUAGAUGUGUUGUGUUGUACAUCCUCUAUCCUGCACCUUUGCGCUAUUGCUCUGGACAGGUACUGGGCUAUUACAGACCCAAUAGACUAUGUCAACAAGAGGACUCCCAAACGAGCGGCUGUUCUGAUCAGCCUGACGUGGUUGAUCGGCUUUUUAAUUUCAAUCCCGCCCAUGUUGGGCUGGAGAACCCCCGAAGAUAGAGCUGACCCCGACGCCUGUAGGAUUAGCCAGGACCCCGGCUAUACCAUUUACUCCACCUUCGGCGCUUUUUACAUCCCCCUGAUACUGAUGUUAGUCCUGUACGGGCGAAUAUUCAAAGCCGCCAGGUUCCGCAUCCGCAAGACCGUGAAGAAAACCGAGAAGCAAAAAGUGGCAGACACUUGCCUGACCGUCUCUCCCGCCCCUUUCCAAAAGAAAAGCAACGGCGAGAACAGCAAGAAUUGGAAGCGGAGCGUGGAGCCCAAACCAUCCUGUACCAACGGGGCAGUCAGACAUGGAGAGCAGGGCUCGGCUCUGGAAGUGAUCGAAGUUCAGCAGAACUCCAAAAGUCACCUCCAACUGCCCAACAGCACCAACAGCCAAUCCCCAUCCUGCUUUGAAGCUCGGAAUGAUAAGAACAUUGAAGCGAAGAGAAAGGUGGCUCUCGCCCGGGAGAGGAAGACGGUGAAAACGCUGGGGAUCAUUAUGGGCACUUUUAUCUUCUGCUGGUUGCCAUUUUUCAUUGUAGCCCUUGUGUUGCCAUUUUGUGGACACCAAUGCUAUAUGCCAACCUGGCUCCAUUCUGUCAUUAAUUGGCAAGGCUACUCCAAUUCACUCCUCAACCCCAUCAUAUAUGCUUACUUCAAUAAGGAGUUCCAAAGUGCUUUCAAGAAAAUUAUCAAAUGCAAGUUCUGCAGACAAUGA